GAGUUUUAAACUAAUUACAACACUACAAAUCUAUUACAUUUAUUGAGUAGCCUAAAGUAAACAAGCUAAAAUGAAUAUAGCAAUAGCUAUAAUAGUGGCAAUGGUGGCAAUGGUGACCUCUGGAGUUGCAGUUACUGCUAAAUGGCAAGCUAUACCAGGAAGUCUGACUCGUAUCUCCAAAGGAAGAUCUGGCGUGUGGGGUGUUAACAGGAGAGGAAAUAUCUACAAGCUUAACGGAAAAAGCUGGACUCGAAUACCUGGUAACUUAGAACACAUUUCGUCUGGUGGUUCGUCUGUAUGGGGAGUCAACAAACAUGGUCACAUUUAUAGAGAUGCGGGUCACAACAAAUGGCAGCGAAUACCUGGUUCACUUACCAAUCUUGAUGUCAGUGACAACGGUCAUGUUUGGGGAGUUAAAAAAAAUCAGGAUAUCUAUAGAUGGACUGGAAAGAACUGGCAGCACAUUGGAGGAAAGGCCAUACAAGUUACCGUGGGACCAUCUGGAGUUUGGAUAGUCAACAGAGCAAAUAAUAUUUACUAUCGAAAAGGAACAUAUGGAGAUAGCAAUACUGCUGGAUCUGGAUGGAUCCAAAUUAGUGGCAACUUGAAGUGGAUAUCGUCUGGUAGGAAUAUUGUUGUUGGUGUUGACUCUGGCAACAACAUUUACUACCGUGAAGGAAUGAGGGCUCCAAGACCGACAGGUACUGGAUGGGUACAGAUACCUGGAAAAUUGAUGCAGAUAGAUAUCUAUGGAGAUGAAAUUGUUGGAGUGGACACUGGACAUGUAAUCUACAAAUUUCCUGUUUCUGGAUUUCCUACCACAGCUAAAAAAACAGUCGGUUGGUUUCCAGUCGAACGUGACGUGGUAAUAGAGUGGGAUCUUGAGUCGACACCUUUAGAAAUUAAAUCUAGUGAGCUGGGGAGUAACGAUAACGUACUGUAUGUGACCUUCUACUCUGCUUGGGGAAUGUUUGCAGGAGGACUCUGGCUCGACUUAGCCUCUCCACUAUACUCGCUCCAAUUCUGCACAUCCUUCAAAAAGUUCGCUGUUAAUCCCCCCUCUACUGCUGACAAGGUAUGGCGUAUCACUCUAACCAGAACUGAAGGUGUUAGAGUAGUGGUACACUGUAACGAGGUGGAGGUUCUCAACAUACUGCUCUCUCAAUCGUGUACUGAAACUAAGUGGAGCAAGUACUGGAACAGGCUUGUGACAAAGAUGAAGUUCAGGAAAGCCGACUCAGCAUCUGAUUACUACAGAGCACAACCAGUUGAUGGAGGGUGGAGUGAUUACAGCAAAUGGGGUGCUUGCUCAGUAGGUUGUGGAAAAGGGACAACGACCCGGUCCAAAACCUGCAAUAACCCACCUCCAGCCAGAGGUGGAAAAGAUUGUGGUGGUGAAGCAGUUGAAUCGAAGGAAUGCAUGAACAAAGCUGAAUUUCCUGGUUCAGGUUCCACUCCAGUUCCAAUGGUAGCAAUGGUGACCUCUGGAGUUGCAGUUACUGCUAAAUGGCAAGCUAUACCAGGAAGUCUGACUCGUAUCUCCAUUGGAAGAUCUGGCGUGUGGGGUGUUAAAAGGGGAAGUAAGGUCUACAAGCUUAACGGAAAAAGCUGGACUCGAAUACCUGGUAGAUUUGAUCACAUUUCGUCUGGUUCGUCUGUAUGGGGAGUCACGAGGAGAUUUGGUAGCCUUUUUUAUAGAGAUGCGGGUCACAACAAAUGGCAGGGAGUACGUGGUUACCUUUUUUCCAAUCUUGAUGUCAGUGACAACGGUCAUGUUUGGGGAGUUUAAAAAAAUCAGGAUAUCUAUAGAUGGACUGGAAAGAACUGGCAGCAAAUUGGAGGAAAGGCUAUACAAGUUACCGUGGGACCAUCUGGAGUUUGGAUAGUCGACAGAGCAAAUAAUAUUUACUAUCGAAAAGGAACAUAUGGAGAUAGCAAUACUGCUGGAUCUGAAUGGAUCCAAAUUUGUGGCAACUUGAAGUGGAUAUCGUCUGGUAGGAAUAUUGUUGUUGGUGUUGACUCUGGCAACAACAUUUACUACCGUAAAGGAAUGAGUGCUCCAAGACCGACAGGUACUGGAUGGGUACAGAUACCUGGAAAAUUGAUGCAGAUAGAUAUCUAUGGAGAUGAAAUUGUUGGAGUGGACACUGGACAUGUAAUCUACAAAUUUCCUGUUUCUGGAAUACCUGCAGUCGGUAUGUAAGCGAGUAUAUUGAUGUCAAUAAGUGCUCAUAUGUAUGUUUACUGGUUGAAGCAUUACCUUUUAGAAUUUUAGGACCAAUUCUGUAAUUUUGAAUGGGGAGGUUGAUAAAAUAGUCGUAUAUCAUUUUUUAAGCGCUUAAAGUCUUGUUGAAAAUAAUUUUGUGUGCUCCUAGUAAUCUUAUAUAUUAUUUAACUUUUUCUUAAAAACUUGCUUUCACAAAUUUCACUCUUUAGGAGCAAUAAUCCCAAAAACUCAUUUGACUUGAGUGUGAAGACUGCCUAUAUCCUACAAAUACCGAUACUAGAGCUCCCAUGUCUAGUUAGUUAGUAAGUAAGUAAGUAAGUAAGUAAGUAAGUAAGUAAGUAAGUAAGUAAGUAAGUAAGUAAGUAAGUAAGUAAGUAAGUAAGUUAGUUAGUAAGUAAGUAAGUAAGUAAGUAAGUAAGUAAGUAAGUAAGUAAGUAAGUAAGUAAGUAAGUAAGUAAGUAAGUAAGUAAGUAAGUAAGUAAGUAAGUAAGUAAGUAAGUAAGUAAGUAAGUAAGUAAGUAAGUAAGUAAGUAAGUAAGUAAGUAAGUAAGUAAGUAAGUAAGUAAGUAAGUAAGUAAGUAAGUAAGUAAGUAAGUAAGUAAGUAAGUAAGUAAGUAAGUAAGUAAGUAAGUAAGUAAGUAAGUAAGUAAGUAAGUAAGUAAGUAAGUAAGUAAGUAAGUAAGUAAGUAAGUAAGUAAGUAAGUAAGUAAGUAAGUAAGUAAGUAAGUAAGUAAGUAAGUAAGUAAGUAAGUAAGUAAGUAAGUAAGUAAGUAAGUAAGUAAGUAAGUAAGUAAGUAAGUAAGUAAGUAAGUAAGUAAGUUAAUGUGGAGAAGGCCUGUGCCCUGCAAGCCGCUAGUCGGAUCCCCACUUCCCCUCCGAGUACCUAAGUGGAAGUGGAACUUCCCUCACGAUAAGUUACGGACCCCAAUUAUCUAGAAGCCUUAGUCCUAAAACUCCCGCCGAUUAAUUGAGACCGUUGACCCAGUUAGUGACAGGAACCAGGCACCGAGUAACCCCUUCUUCUAGUUCCACUACCAUCCCUGUAGGAGACGGCUGGCCUACCCAAAAACCCUCAACACCCAGGGCCCUGUGUAAUUAAGUGAUAGAUUCCACAGAUUAACUAGCUGACCAAUCCCCUAAGACUAGGACCACCUCCGUAAUUAAGGACAGCAAUUCACCUAGACUGUAAAGUCGUGUCCACCAAUAAGGAUAGAAAUUCCCCAGAACUCUUGAGCAGUCCCCGUAAUUAAGGAGUUAGCGGCGUGCCGGAGCGAGUGAAACCUCGCGGAGGACGGCAUUAUUGCGGAGUUCUCAUCUUUGCCACUUUGAGUACGGAGUGUCUCCUCCCUUUUGGCUUGCCAUAGGCAGCCCCAUCCUCAUGUUAAUGCCUAAUAGUGUUAUUUUUACGUUUGUUUUGUAGUAACCAUUCUUUAGUAUAUUUACCAUCAUGUUGGUAGGUUUAUUCCAACAUCCCCAAAUUCCCGUCUCUCAAUCGUCCAAGUAGCUGGCACUGAAACUUUCAGUCCAGCAUGUGAACUAAAGUAACUCAAACAAACCCGUGCUUGUCACGAUGACUCAAAAGUACAAAGUAUUCUAAAAUGAUACCGAUUCCGGUCAUGACAUCUAAAUUAUGAAUGAAAUUAUGAAUCAAGUUGUGAAUUAAACUAUCAUUGAAAUUAAAGGCCGUUAACCCAUCUCCUACACUCUUGCCUCUUCCUCGACUGAUCGGCCUGUCGUCAGGCCUUUGGCCCAGAACGCAAGGCCUCGUGAACCCUCGUGUCGUAACCGGUCUACAGGAACCAGGCCCUGUAUAUGCCUAGCCGUUUGUCUGGCUAGGCUGGAGCCUUACAAAUACGGAGACUCGACACCUUGUGAUGGCACGGACUAAGAACACCAGUUCCGUCCUUACAAAUUGAAAUCCAGAUACCGGACUCAACGCUGUUCGCGACGACAGACCCGAUCUCCUAAAAAGGUAAGAACUUAACUUCAUUCCAAAUCUAAGGCAUGCUAAUCAAACCCUAAAACCAAGUAUAAGUUAAUAACCGACCUAGUUAACGCAUCACCACGUAACUGUGAUUAUUAUCACCACCUAACUGUGAUUAUUACUUGAUACUCAAUUUUCUAAUGACAAUUUAGUUAAGGACCA